AUGUCUGCGUACGAUUGCAAGGAGCUUGUGAAUAUUAUGCUAGAAGCCUAUGGGCUUAUAGCUCAAAGUUCUAGAAACGUCCCUGAAAAAGUGGAUAAGUGGGUAAAGCUUAAUAAUAAAAAUUUAAGACAUUUGAGACUAUUGCUUCAAAGUGCUGCAAGUGCCCCCGAAAAACAAAAGUUCCUAUCAACAAUCGCGUUUCUCAAGGGCUUUAAGGACAAGCUAAAGUGUUUACUGAAACGUGGUGAAGGUGUGCGUGAACGACGAAGUGAUAGAGUAAAAUGGCAGGAUUUAGAGGUAGCAUUCAACAAUCGUAUGAGAUCUGGAGUGAUUACAAACUUGAAACAGUUAGAUAUAGCAGCAUUUAUGAAAGACUCUCAAGUUUUAUUUCAAAGCCGAAUCAAGACUGCUCUUAAGAAAGAGACUGCUGUGAAAGUGUAUACUAUAUUGGCAGCUGAAUACGUCAUCACCAAAGCUGACAAAGAAAUUACGGAGAUAAAAUAUUUCAACACAAAGGCUGAAGCUAUUUUUCAAAAUACCAAUCUCAAGCAGUGGUUUAGUUUGAAUGUUCAGCAGCCUAUCCAGCGAGAUAUGGAAGAAUUCCAGGAACGUGACUCAGGAUGGACACUUCGAGCAAUUCUUAAUCUAUGUGUGCACAUUAAUAAAUAUAAUGCAUUGAGAGAUAGUUCAUAUGUAGAACUACCAUACACAAUAAAAAGCUAUAGAGGACUUAAUCCUGCAAAAUGGUUUGUUGACGAGCUUUUACAACUUGCUGAAAACAUUGAAACAGUAUUUUGGUGUCCCAUACCUAUUGAGACAUUGACUUGGGAGCAAGAGCAGUCUUUCCAGCGAGCUACAUCUUGUCACAUUUGUGAGAAAGUUCUGGAGCUUGAUAGAGUACGUGAUCACUGCCACUGGAAGGUAAUAUUUUCACGUAAUAAUAAUAAUAACAACAAUAGCGCCCCGAUGGCAAUGAUCUUUCACAACCUGACUGGAUAUGAUUCACACUUUUUAAUCAGAGAUAUUGCUCAAUGUAUACCUGGUAGAGUCAACCUACUGCCUAUAAAUAAGGAGAAAUUUAUAUCAUUUACGAAACACAUUGAUGGUAGUGAUAUCAAUUUCAAAUUUAUCGACUCUUUUCGAUUUAUGGCAUCGUCUCUAGACAAGUUGUCAUCUUACCUCGAAGAUGUGAAUAUCCUCAAGCAAGAGUUUAACAAAGAUAACCAGCUGACUGAAGAGAAAUAUGUACUGCUGCUAGCUGAAGUUUUUGAAAAUUUUCGCACCAGCUGUCUGAAAGCAUACGGAUUAGAUCCACCACACUAUUAUACAGCACCAGGCUUAACUUGGGACGCAAUGCUCAAAUAUACAAAUAUUGAACUAGAGCUACUCACUGACAUUGACAAAGUAAUGUUCAUUGAGCGUGGAAUAAGAGGAGGAAUAAGUCAAUGCUGUAACCGCUAUUCUCGAGCGAAUAACAUUUACAUGGGUACCGACUAUGAUGCUGAUCAAUAUUCCAAAUAUUUAAUCUAUUAUGAUGUUAAUAAUCUGUAUGGAUGGGCAAUGCAACAAUCACUACCAUAUGGAGGCUUUAAGUGGAUGACAGAGACAGCAAUCAGUCAAACCGACUUUUCCAGCGUAGAUGAUGAAUCAGCAAUUGGCUACAUUCUUGAAUUGGACUUGGAGUAUCCAGAGCAGCUUCACGACGAUCAUAGAGACUUGCCUCUAUGUCCUCAACACAUGAAGCUACCAGGUUCAACGUACUCGAAGCUUAUGACGACUUUACACUCUAAAGAGCGAUAUGUUUUGCAUUAUCGAAAUUUAAAGCAAGCUCUGGCUAAUGGAUUGCAACUUCAACGAAUACAUAGAGUCUUACAGUUUAAUCAGAGGCCAUGGCUAAAAGUGUAUAUAGAUUUGAAUAGUAGCAUGAGAAAAGAAGCAAAAAAUGAAUUUGAAAAAAAUCUUUACAAGUUAAUGAAUAAUUUCAUGAACGCAGUAUUUGGUAAAACUAUGGAAAACGUGAGAAAGCGAGUUGACCUGAAAAUAGUUACCAAAUGGGACGGUAGGUACGGUGCUGAAGCUCUUAUUAUUCAACCUAAUUUUCACAGUCGCAGCAUACUAGAUGAAAAUUUGACAAUUAUAGAACUGACUAAAACUGAAGUUAAUAUGGAUAAACCUAUUUAUGUUGGACUCUGUGUACUUAAAUUAUCAAAAACGUUAGUAUAUAGCUUUCACUAUGAUUAUAUGAAAAAACAGUUCGGUGAUGAUUGUAAGCUGCUGGAUACAUAUACAGACACGGAUAGUUUAAUAUACGAAUUACGUAAUAUAGAUAUAUAUGAAUUUAUGAAGCGGGAUAUUGAACAUUUUGACACUUCGGACUAUUCGGAGAACAAUACCUUUGGAAUGCCAGUGGCAAACAAGAAAGUAGUUGGCUUAAUGAAAAAUGAGUGCAACGGACGCAUAAUGACUGAAUUUGUUGGUUUGCGCAGUAAAAUGUACAGUAUUCGAGUGGAAGGUCAGGACAAGAACAUGUCUACACAGACUCGUGAACAAUGCAUUAUUCGUUCUCACAUGCAUAAUGUAUUUAGUGAAAAACAAGUAAAAUUAGCUUUAAGCCCACACGAUGAUAGAAGGUACUUGCUACGAGGUGAAACUGAUACUUUACCUUGGGGCCAUUAUAAGAUUAUGCAGACAGAUUAA